UUAUUCAUUUUAUUCCUAAAUUUUAGCCAUGAUGGUCAAAAAGUGGUAAAAGGAAGAAUUUGCUUUUCUUAAAAAAAUAGAAAAGGUGGGACAAGUAGGGACGGAACUUCUUUCUACGGAGCAUAAGACUCCACAGUCCACAGUCCACACUGAAGCAAAGUAGGGAUGGAAGUUGACGACGAUCUUCACGCCUUACUCGACGAACAACGCCGUGAAAUAGCAGCCGCCGGUGACGGUGCCGUCGAUGUAGACCUCCUCUUCGCUUUUCAACUCCAAAUGCAAGAGGCUAUGUACGCUUCUACUUCAAAACCCACCAUUAAUGCAAACGUUAUCGGAGGUAAUAACAAUAUCAGUAAUCUUUUCCCUGAAGAAUUAUCAUACUACGAGCAACAAGUUAUAGACCAACAAACAGCUCAAAUUGAGAUGAGGAAAAUCGAAGACGACCUCAAUCGUCGAAUCCACGAUCAGGCUUUUGCACGGGAGAUACUCAAUGUCCCGGAUGGUGAGUGGAAAUUAACUGGAGAUCAUUUACAUAGGCCUUAUGGAGAGGGAUCGUCGUCCGAAGGCGUGGAUACGCAAAAUGGGGAGUGUUUUAGGGUUUAUGUGAAGGGUUUGAUGGGAGAAGAUGCUGAUGAAGACAUAGUUGGGGUUAAUGUGGGGAGGAAUCUUGCUGGGAUUGGAGUUGCUGUUUGUGAUCCGAGUGGGAUAUUGGUGUUUGAAGUGAGUAAGGGUUUGGUUAAAGGCACUGAAGUAUUGACGGAUGAAAUUGCAGAGUUGAAAGCACUGAUUGAAGGGCUUGAUGUUGCUAUAAUGCUGGGUUUGAAAAGGGUUAAUGUUGUUUUGGAUAGUCAAACAAUCUUGCAAUAUGUUAGAGGCACGUUGCAUCCAAGGAAGGGUAAUAUUGUUGCACUUGUUGAACAGGCAACUUCUUGCCUAAGAAAAUUUACAGAUUGUAUACCAUCUCUUGUGACACAGAACACCAUCAACUUGGCAAUUAAACUUGCUACCGAUGCAAUAGUCUCUCAGGUUAGAGGACCAGCAGAAAAUAGCAUUCGGAAGAGCAUCACUGAGACUUGUACUAUUUGUCUGCAAGAUACUGAUAUAGAUCAUAUGUUUCUAAUUAAUGGUUGCCUGCAUUAUUAUUGUUAUUCUUGUAUGAAUAAAUAUGUGGAAGCUAAGCUCCUUCAAGGAAUGCUACCUAAAUGCCCUCAUGAUACAUGCAAGUCUGAAUUGAAAUUAGAUAGCUGCAAAAAGUUCCUGAUACCCAAGCUAUAUGAUUUGAUGAGUGAACGUGUGAAGGAAACUACCAUUCCUAUCACGGAAAAGAUUUACUGCCCAAAUCCUAAGUGUUCUACAUUGAUGUCAAAAGCUGAGGUCCAUAUAUCUAUUCAAAAUGUCACUGUGGGAAAACAACAAGCUGGGGCUACAAUGUGCACGAAAUGUCACCUUAAUUUUUGUAUCAACUGCAGAGUUCCUUGGCAUAAAAACAUGACUUGCUUUGACUAUAGAAGACUUAACCCUUACUUGUGUGUAGAAGAUGCAAAUCUCAAGUCUCUUGCCGCACAGAGUCGUUGGCGUCAGUGCGUAAAGUGCAACCACAUGGUGUCUCUUGGCGAAGGUUGCUAUCAUAUUUACUGCAGAUGUGGUCACGAGUUCUGUUAUACGGAGCUGAGUGGAAAAACAAGAAAGCAACAUGUUCCUGCCCAGUAUGGGAUGAGCGAAAUAUCAUUUACGACAAUUGACUCCAACCAAGGGGAGGCUGAGCAGGAUAUAGCCAUUACUGUCUAUUUUGCACCUAAAUAGUUAUUUCACUCUCAUAUGACUAAGACCUUGGUGGACAUGGUUAAGCAGUAUUUGC